AAAUACAGCGUUGAGGUUUUGAAGGGCCUUCAGUUUUACAAAUGUCCAACGGCGAAAAAUGUCUUGCACAAAUCUGGUGUUUGUUACUUUCCUCGCUUUCUUUGUUUGCUUUCGUCUUCUUCCAGUGAAAGGAGGGCAAGUUUUCAAAUUAGGUGCUAUUUUCCCCAAGAACAACACAGAUUUAGACGAAAAGAUUUUAAGGUUUGCAAUCGACACCGUGAAUAAAGAGGGAUGGCUCUCCAAUAUCACUCUUAACUGUUCGAUACGAUAUGCGGCUGCAGAUGAUUCGUUUGAGAAUAUUUAUAAAGUCAAUCAGCUGAUCAACGAGGGAGUGAUUGCAAUCAUUGGUCCAAAGACUUCAGUUGCUGUGAAAGCGACGUACUCAUUAUGUUCUAAGUUGCAAAUUCCCCAAAUUAGUGCCAGUGCUACGGAUCCAGAAUUUUUCUUCAAUUAUGUUCGUUACCGUUACUUGCUGCGCAUGUCUCCUGAUGAUAUAAGAAUGAAUUAUGCGAUGCAGGAAUUGAUUGCAUACCACAAGUGGAAAAGAAUGGGGAUCUUAACAGCAAGCACACUCUACGACAUGAAUGCAUUGAGCCAAUUCAUAGGGUUUGCUACAGACGAAAAGUGGGAAAUACUGGGAGUUGAGCACUUUACAGUCACAGCUGGUAGUUAUAAAAUAAAUGCUACAAAAAACCUGCUAAAUCUGAGGGAGAAGGGCGCACGCGUGAUACUGUUAAGCUGCCCAGCUGAUUAUGUACCACAAGUACUGGAACAAGCGGAACGACUGGACAUGAUCAGAGAAUGGGUGUGGAUUUUGACUGACAAUGCAAUUUCUCAGGAUGACAGAGAAAUUUCUUACAAAGAGGGAGUCAUUGGCGUGCGUUUACCCGUCAGAGGUCGUGGCCAACUGUUUGAUAGAGUUUCGAAGGAAUGGAGCAAAAUUGUUGAAACGUCAUCUAUUAAUGCUCGGUCAGGACGGAUCUAUGACGCUGUUUUAACUGUCGCCAGGGCUAUCGAAGAAAUUCUUUCUGAGAACAAAUCACUCUCGCAGCCUCCUGUUGGCAAUGGACUGUGCAGAUCUGAUAAACCGUGGAUAGACGGAAAGAUGCUUCUGGACAAAAUGAAAAGGGUAAAAGCUCCGGGAGUUAUGAACAAUAUUAGCUUUACUAGUAGGACUGGAUCACCAGGGGAAACCGUGUACGAUGUGGUUAAUUUUCAGACUGAUGACAAAUGGGUUGAGGUAGGAGACUUUCAAUGGAGCCGCACGCAGCAGCAGUUAAAAAUGAACAGAAAAAGACCGAUUGUAUGGUUAGAUGGAAACCUCGAUGUACCAAAGCUGGCAAGUCUUGAGCUAAAAUACAGCAGAAUCAAAGUGCUAAUCGCCCUGAGUCCACCGUUCGUAAUGAAAAAAGAAAAUUCCACGAACAGUAAUUCAGAUGUAGAAUACGAGGGAUUCUGUAUUGACUUAUUAGACGAGCUGAAGAAGAAAUUACAAUUUGAAUAUCAUCUGGAACUGAGAGAUAACUUUGGUGACCAGCAGAGUGAUGGUACUUGGAGUGGAAUUAUUGGGGAGCUGACAAGAAAGAAAGCUCAACUGGCCGUUUCCACUAUAAUCAUCAGCCCUGAACGCGAAAAAGCAGUGGACUUUACACAACCUUACUACAGUCUGGGAUUCAAGAUAGUUAUGAAGAAAACAGACAUGGAAAACAAGGUGAAUACCUGGGGAUUUUUAGAUCCUUUUGAGAAGACUUUGUGGAUUGCCAUCAUCAGCUCAUCAGUGAUCAUAGGAACUGUGGUUUGGAUCUAUGACCGACUGAGCCCGUAUGGCUACUAUGGCAAGGUGGUACAAUCAGCGGAAGUCAGCAGCGAGGAAGCGCUUGCGAAGAAUACCCUCUCGUUAUUUCAUUCAUUCUGGGCAGCGGUUGCCUCUUAUCUAGAGCAGACUCCAGAUAACCUGCACCCGAUUUCUCAAUCUGGUAGAGCGACUACAUUAGCUUGGUGGUUUGCUAUUUCCAUAUUUGGUGCCACUUAUACCGCUAACCUGGCUGCGUUCCUGACCAUCAACAAAUAUGAAAAUCCAAUCACGAACAUUGAAGAUCUGGCCAAUCAGAACAAAGUAAAAUUUGGAACCGCGCGUGGUCAGCUGGCUACAAUGCUCAAAGAGGCUAAGCUCCCAGUCUACGAGAAACUAUGGGAUUUCAUCGAGCGUCAUGGAACACUGGAAAAGAAUCAUACAGCUGGGAUUGAAAAAGUGCGAAACACGGAAAAUUAUGCCUUCAUUUGGGACUCGGCAGUACUUGAAUAUGACGUGCAACAAGAACCGUGUAACACACUGACUCUUAUCGAAAGACCAUUUGGUAGUAUCAACUAUGGCUUCGCUCUCCCUCGCAGUUCACUUUACACUCAUAACUUUAGUGUAGCCAUGUUGGAGUUACAGCAAGAUGGCUUCUUACAGCGCAUGAAAGAGAAAUGGUUUAAAAGCCGCAGCGUGUGCGGUGCAGAGACACAGGCAGCCCAGGAAGCUGCUGAGGAGGGCGGUGACCAGCUUCAGUUUAGUGACUUGGCUGGGGUGUUCAUCACCCUUGUAGUGGGCGUGGCUGCUGGGUUGAUUGUCCUGUCCAUGGAACUGAUUUAUGCGUCUUACAAAGACACCCAGUCUAAAGAUGACGAGGCACCAAACACAUUAUGCGCAGCUCUUUGGCGAAGGUUGCGUCGAACUUAUAAGGGAUUCCACGAUCUCCACAAACGUGACGAGGGAGAAAAGCAGAAGGAAGAGGACCUGGCUAUGUCUGAGGGCCUCCUACUUCCCAGCGCUCUAGAAACGCAAAAUAUUUGAUUAUAUUCAAACUUGAGCCAGGAUGUUUUGACCGAGAGGCUUAGCAUGUGUGUGUGGAACUUUACAAGGCUCAUGAGGAAUUUAUGUAACUGUUAGACUUUAGAUGAAGGCAUGUACUUGUUUAAGAUAGCUUAGAGUCGGUUUUCCCUUAGCUUAAUGCUCCAUUUUUACUUGAAUAUAGCUAGGCUUCUCAUUAUAUGUUUAUCUGCUAUGCAUAAGACUCAUCUGGGAUAGGAAAGCUGAAGGAGACUCUCAUGUAAAAAUGGAGCAGAGAUGAAAUACAGGCUAUCACGGUUACCCAAUAAUUAUUACUAACAGUUUAAGAGAAUUAAUGAUAAUUUCCUCAAUCAUCCUUGAAGUGCGAUAUUUCAGCUUAAAGUAGUCACAGAUAGGUCUUUCUUAGUUAUUACUAAGGAUUUUGACUACCAUUCUUGCCAUUUUCAUGCGGAAGUCUUUUUUGUCAAGGGACCAAAUUUACUCAAGAAUGAGUCCCUUGUUAAAACUAAUUUGUUGCAGAUCAUUUGUAACAUUACAAGUUACCGUGUCCGGUAGGAUUGUUAUAUAUUGGAGACUAGACUGUGAAUGCUAUAGAUAGGACACUUAACUGCAAGAAAAUUUUAAAAAUAUGUCAGCUAAGGAAUUUGGUCAAAUGUAAACUAAAUAUUUUCAGCGGCGACUCCAGGAAGUUUUGGUUGAAGGAGGGGCAAACAUUGUUUCAGAAACUGGAUUUUUGUUUUUAAACUAGAGUAUGAUUCAAGAUAAGUGAAAUUUCAGUGCUUCAAGUUUAGAUGUAAUAUUUAUUCCUGUCGUUGUUAUAUUUCUGGUUUCAGGCAAGUAAUGAAAAUACCUACAGGUCUGAUUUGUAGGAGGGUCCAGGCCCCUCAGACUCUUUCCUUGGAUCUGCUAAACAUUAAAUAUUUAAAAGGUGUAGAAUUAAUCUAAUCCAUUUGGUUUGUAGAUAUGAUGUAAGGUGAAUUAUGGAAAAGGUACCAUCAAUAAAGAUGGCGAAUGAAAUUAUUCAUUUGUCAGGCCUUCCGAUCAUC